UAUUGUCAGGCAAUGAACAUCGUGACGGGUAUUCUACUUCUUUACUGUUCUGAAGAAGAGGCCUUCUGGCUCUUGGCAGCCAUUUGCGAGCGCCUUCUGCCUGACUACUACGACAGUCAGGUGGUGGGAGUGCGAGUGGACCAGGCUGUGCUGUACCAGUUGGCCUCUCAACACCUACCCGCCAUCUUCACUCGUUCCAGUCCCGCUUCCCUACUUUCACUACCAUCGGCAUCUAAGGGUGUGGAAUACUUCAGCUCCUCAGUGACGUCGCUGUUUGAACGUGCUGGUACCAGGUCCACCACCGAUUCACUGAACAACAAUAGUGGGGUGGAGUUGGUUAACCUCGUCACCUUUUCGUGGUUUCUCACGCUCUUUCUAAACGUCGCGCCCUUUCGAUGUGCAGUCUUCAUUAUCGACUAUUUCUUCUUUGGAGGAGCUAAGGUGAUAUUUCAACUAGCCCUCGAAUUGCUACGUCUGCAUCAGCCAAUCUUCAGUGCCUCCUCAGAAAGAGAGAAGGUUAGCGGUACUCUGUUACAUCUCUCCCGCUUCUUCCACCAUCUCAUCCCGGAAGUGCUGCCUUUGCCCUCAGCCACACCAUCGGAUACAAAAAUGGGUGCGGUGGCCAGAACGGAGAUAUCAUUGCGCCCCUUAUCAGUAGGUAUGGUGUCCCAUUCCAAGGCAGUUACGGUAGAACAGCUACUCAAGUCUGCGCGUGCAAAUUUUGGGGAGGCGGUUACAUGCGAGCGCAUCGAGUCGUUGCGCCUGGCCUGUCGCCUGCACGUCAUUCAUGCGCUCUCUGAUAACUGUGUGAAAGAGGCCAUUCGCACACUACAGCCUCAGUUCUUCUGCAAACUUGUGGAUCUGGCUAUCCUCUGCUUCUCCUACAAGUUCGCGAACGCGUUUACUGUUGGUGUCGUAUCUAUGCAAUGCCUAAAGAUUUUACUCGUCUUUAACGCCGUCAUAUUUAAUUAUCCACCACCUUAA